UUUUCGUUUAUUUAUGCAUAUAUAGAAAGCAGCAUUGCUAUCUACUCCGCGACGUCGCGCGGCCGCAUGCAGCUCAUCUAUGGCGGGCAGCCGUUCAUCUUCGAGAAGACCCUGAAGCUGUCGACGGGCGAGGAGAAGCGCUAUUGGCGCUGCAAUCAAUGGUGGAAUCAAAAGUGCCGCUCGCGUGUUUUCACAAUCAACGACAUUGUCUGCCCGCUGAAUCGCUUUCACACGCACGAGGAGAUUGUGCGGCGCAAGAAGCGCGUGCGGCGCGUUCCAGUGCCCGAUGCCAAGGCUUAUGCCACAACAGCAGCCAGGCAGGAGCAGCAGCAGCAGCAGGCACAGGCGCAGCAGGAUCAACAGCAACAGCAGCAGCAGCUCCAUCAUCAUCAUCAUCAUCAGCAGCAGCAGCAGCAGCAGCUGGCAAGCGAUGCCAUGCUGACCACGACCUUGUCGGACGAGACCACAGCCACCAUUGAUGUGAACGAGCUGGGCAUGCAUUUAAAAUAUGAGGAAAUUGUCGCCGAUGUAACUGGCAUUGUGGGCGGGGCACACAGCCAUGCCCGAGUGCUGGGCCGCAAGAAGUGAGGGCAGCUGCCGGAGCGGCAGGGUAUACGUAGUUCGUAACGUUUCAAUUGUCUAUAAUUAAUACAUUCACACACAUUAUUCAAGUAAACGCAACUUUAAUAAACUUAACUAAGGCUUCAAACAGCA